CUAUGGAGAUCGGAGGGGCACUCGUUCUGCGGAAAAGGCAAGUUCUGAUUAUCUUUGUUUUACUGGGAUUGUCUCAGGCAGGUCCUGAGUCUGUGCGCUAUUCUGUGGCAGAGGAAACAGAAAUUGGCUCUUUUGUGGCCAAUCUGGCAAGGGAUCUGGGGCUUGGGGUGGAGGAGCUCUCUUCGCGGGAGGCGCGGGUAGUGUGUGAUGAUAAUGAAAAGCAUUUGCACCUCGAUUUGCUGACCGGGGAUUUGCUCGUAAAUGAGAAACUGGACCGGGAAGAGCUGUGUGACUCCACGGAGCCCUGUGUGCUGCAUUUUCAGAUGGUACUGGAAAACCCUUUACAGUUUUUUAGGGCUGAGCUGCAUAUCAAAGAUAUAAAUGAUCACUCCCCUACAUUUCUUGACAAGGAAAUAGUUAUUAAAAUAUCAGAGAGUACCAUUAUUGGAACCACAUUCCUAAUGGAGAGUGCCCAAGAUUUGGAUGUAGGAAGCAACAGUCUCCAAAACUACACAGUUAGCCCGAAUUCUCACUUCUACAUUAAAAUUCAAGACAGUGGUGAUGGAAAGAUAUACCCUGAACUGGUCCUGCACAGAGCGUUGGACCAUGAGGAGGAGCCUGAGCUCAGAUUAACACUCAUAGCACUGGAUGGUGGAUCCCCGCCCAGGUCUGGGACAACUUCGGUCCUCAUCAAGGUCUUGGACAUCAAUGACAAUGCCCCAGAGUUUCCUCAGAGGCUCUAUGAGGUGCAGAUCCUGGAGGACACACCUGUUGGCUCUUGGAUUAUCACCGUCUCUGCUAAGGAUUUGGAUGCAGGAAACCAUGGGAAAAUAUCUUACACAUUUUUUCAUGCAUCAGAAGAUAUUCGUAAAACAUUUGAAAUCAAUCCACUAUCUGGGGAAGUUCAUUUGCGAUCACACUUGGAUUUUGAAGCAAUACAGUCAUACAUUAUAAAUAUUCAGGCAACAGAUGGUGGGGGUCUUUCGGAAGAAUGCACUCUUCUGGUUAAAGUAAUAGAUAUAAAUGACAAUCCACCAGAAGUGACCAUGUCAUCAAUUACAAAAAUAAUUCCAGAGAACGCCUCAGAGACCCUUGUGGCUCUUUUUAGUGUCCGAGACCAAGACACUGGGGAAAAUGGGAGGGUCGUUUGCUCUAUUCAAGAUUACCUCCCAUUUUUUCUGAAACGGACCUUCAAGAACUUUUUCACUCUAGUUGCAGAAAAAGCACUGGACAGAGAGGAAAGAGCCGAGUACAACAUCACCAUCACCGUCACUGACAUGGGAACCCCCAGGCUGAAAACCGAGCACAACAUAACCGUGCUGGUGUCCGACGUCAACGACAACGCCCCCGCCUUCACCCAGACCUCCUACACCCUGUCCGUCCGCGAGAACAGCAGCCCCGCCCUGCACACCGGCAGCGCCUGCGCCACAGUCAGAGACGCGGGCGCCAACGCCCAGGUCACCUACUCGCUGCUGCCGCCCCUCGACCCGCACGUGCCCCUGGCCUCCCUGGUGUCCAUCAACCCGGACAACGGCCACCUGUUCGCCCUGAGGUCCCUGGACUACGAGGCCCUGCGGGCGUUCGAGUUCCGCGUGGGCCCCGCCGACCGUGGCCCGCCCGCGCUCAGCAGCCAGGCGCUGGUGCGCGUGCUCGUGGCGGACGACAACGACAACGCGCCCUUCGUGCUGUACCCGCUGCAGAACGCCUCGGCGCCCUGCACCGAGCUGGUGCCCAGGGCGGCCGAGGCGGGCUACCUGGUGACCAAGGUGGUGGCGGUGGACGGCGACUCGGGCCAGAACGCCUGGCUGUCGUACCAGCUGCUCAAGGCCACGGAGCCCGGGCUGUUCGGCGUGUGGGCGCACAAUGGCGAGGUGCGCACGGCCCGGCUGCUGGGCGAGCGCGACGCGGCCAAGCACAGGCUGGUGGUGCUGGUCAAGGACAACGGCGAGCCGCCGCUGUCGGUGUCGUCGCUCUUCCUCUUCUCGGUGCUGGUGUUCGUCGCGGUGCGGCUGUGCAGGAGGGACGGGGCGGCCUCGGUGGGUCGCUGCUCGGUGCCCGAGGGCCCCUUUCCGGGCCACCUGCUGGACGUCAGCGGCACGGGGACCCUGUCCCAGAGCUACCAGUACGAGGUGUGUCUGACGGGAGGUACUGGGACAAAUGAGUUUAAAUUUCUGAAGCCGAUUAUCCCUAAUCUUCCAGUCCAAGACACCGGUAGGCAUAUAGGGGAAAAUGAGAACUUUAGGAAUAGCUUUGGAUUCAACAUUCAAUAA